AUGGCCAAGACCACAACGUCCAGGAGGGUUUCGAGGGUUUCCGUGCGUACGAAGGAGAGACUCAUCCGAACGAAGGAGACACUCAUCCGAACGAAGGGGAAACUCAUCCGAACGAAGGAGAGACUCAUCCGAACGAAGGGGAAACUCAUCCGAACGAAGGAGAGACUCAUCCGAACGAAGGGGAAACUCAUCCGAACGAAGGAGAGACUCAUCCGAACGAAGGGGAAACUCAUCCGAACGAAGGAGAGACUCAUCCGAACGAAGGGGAAACUCAUCCGAACGAAGGAGACACUCAUCCGAACGAAGGGGAAACUCAUCCGAACGAAGGAGAGACUCAUCCGAACGAAGGGGAAACUCAUCCGAACGAAGGAGAGACUCAUCCGAACGAAGGAGACACUCAUCCGAACGAAGGAGAGACUCAUCCGAACGAAGGGGAAACUCAUCCGAACGAAGGAGACACUCAUCCGAACGAAGGAGAGACUCAUCCGAACGAAGGGGAAACUCAUCCGAACGAAGGAGACACUCAUCCGAACGAAGGAGACACUCAUCCGAACCAAGGAGACACACAUCCGAACGAAGGAAAGACUCAUCCGAACGAAGGGGAAACUCAUCCGAACGAAGGAGACACUCAUCCGAACGAAGGAGAGACUCAUCCGAACGAAGGGGAAACUCAUCCGAACGAAGGAGAGACUCAUCCGAACGAAGGGGAAACUCAUCCGAACGAAGGGGAAACUCAUCCGAACGAAGGAGACACACAUCCGAACGAAGGAGAGACUCAUCCGAACGAAGGGGAAACUCAUCCGAACGAAGGAGACACUCAUCCGAACGAAGGAGAGACUCAUCCGAACGAAGGGGAAACUCAUCCGAACGAAGGAGAGACUCAUCCGAACGAAGGGGAAACUCAUCCGAACGAAGGAGAGACUCAUCCGAACGAAGGGGAAACUCAUCCGAACGAAGGAGAGACUCAUCCGAACGAAGGGGAAACUCAUCCGAACGAAGGAGAGACUCAUCCGAACGAAGGGGAAACUCAUCCGAACGAAGGAGAGACUCAUCCGAACGAAGGGGAAACUCAUCCGAACGAAGGAGAGACUCAUCCGAACGAAGGGGAAACUCAUCCGAACGAAGGAGAGACUCAUCCGAACGAAGGGGAAACUCAUCCGAACGAAGGAGAGACUCAUCCGAACGAAGGGGGAAACUCAUCCGAACGAAGGAGACACUCAUCCGAACGAAGGAGAGACUCAUCCGAACGAAGGGGAAACUCAUCCGAACGAAGGAGAGACUCAUCCGAACGAAGGGGAAACUCAUCCGAACGAAGGAGAGACUCAUCCGAACGAAGGGGAAACUCAUCCGAACGAAGGAGAGACUCAUCCGAACGAAGGGGAAACUCAUCCGAACGAAGGAGAGACUCAUCCGAACGAAGGGGAAACUCAUCCGAACGAAGGAGACACUCAUCCGAACGAAGGAGACACUCAUCCGAACCAAGGAGAGACUCAUCCGAACGAAGGAGACACUCAUCCGAACGAAGGAGAGACUCAUCCGAACGAAGGAGACACUCAUCCGAACGAAGGAGAGACUCAUCCGAACGAAGGAGACACUCAUCCGAACGAAGGAGAGACUCAUCCGAACGAAGGGGAAACUCAUCCGAACGAAGGAGAGACUCAUCCGAACGAAGGGGAAACUCAUCCGAACGAAGGAGAGACUCAUCCGAACGAAGGGGAAACUCAUCCGAACGAAGGAGAGACUCAUCCGAACGAAGGGGAAACUCAUCCGAACGAAGGAGAGACUCAUCCGAACGAAGGGGAAACUCAUCCGAACGAAGGAGACACUCAUCCGAACGAAGGAGAGACUCAUCCGAACGAAGGGGAAACUCAUCCGAACGAAGGAGAGACUCAUCCGAACGAAGGGGAAACUCAUCCGAACGAAGGAGAGACUCAUCCGAACGAAGGGAAACUCAUCCGAACGAAGGAGAGACUCAUCCGAACGAAGGGGAAACUCAUCCGAACGAAGGAGAGACUCAUCCGAACGAAGGGGAAACUCAUCCGAACGAAGGAGAGACUCAUCCGAACGAAGGGGAAACUCAUCCGAACGAAGGAGAGACUCAUCCGAACGAAGGGGAAACUCAUCCGAACGAAGGAGAGACUCAUCCGAACGAAGGGGAAACUCAUCCGAACGAAGGAGAGACUCAUCCGAACGAAGGGGAAACUCAUCCGAACGAAGGAGAGACUCAUCCGAACGAAGGGGAAACUCAUCCGAACGAAGGAGAGACUCAUCCGAACGAAGGAGAGACUCAUCCGAACGAAGGAGACACUCAUCCGAACGAAGGAGACACUCAUCCGAACCAAGGAGAGACUCAUCCGAACGAAGGAGACACUCAUCCGAACGAAGGAGACACUCAUCCGAACGAAGGGGAAACUCAUCCGAACGAAGGAGAGACUCAUCCGAACGAAGGGGAAACUCAUCCGAACGAAGGAGAGACUCAUCCGAACGAAGGGGAAACUCAUCCGAACGAAGGAGAGACUCAUCCGAACGAAGGAGAGACUCAUCCGAACGAAGGAGACACUCAUCCGAACGAAGGAGACACUCAUCCGAACGAAGGAGAGACUCAUCCGAACGAAGGGGAAACUCAUCCGAACGAAGGAGAGACUCAUCCGAACGAAGGGGAAACUCAUCCGAACGAAGGAGAGACUCAUCCGAACCAAGGAGAGACUCAUCCGAACGAAGGAGACACUCAUCCGAACGAAGGAGAGACUCAUCCGAACGAAGGGGAAACUCAUCCGAACGAAGGAGAGACUCAUCCGAACGAAGGGGAAACUCAUCCGAACGAAGGAGAGACUCAUCCGAACGAAGGGGAAACUCAUCCGAACGAAGGAGACACUCAUCCGAACGAAGGAGACACUCAUCCGAACCAAGGAGAGACUCAUCCGAACGAAGGAGACACUCAUCCGAACGAAGGAGAGACUCAUCCGAACGAAGGAGACACUCAUCCGAACGAAGGAGAGACUCAUCCGAACGAAGGAGACACUCAUCCGAACGAAGGAGAGACUCAUCCGAACGAAGGGGAAACUCAUCCGAACGAAGGAGAGACUCAUCCGAACGAAGGGGAAACUCAUCCGAACGAAGGAGACACUCAUCCGAACCAAGGAGAGACUCAUCCGAACGAAGGAGACACUCAUCCGAACCAAGGAGAGACUCAUCCGAACGAAGGAGACACUCAUCCGAACCAAGGAGAGACUCAUCCGAACGAAGGAGACACUCAUCCGAACCAAGGAGAGACUCAUCCGAACGAAGGAGAGACUCAUCCGAACGAAGGGGAAACUCAUCCGAACCAAGGAGAGACUCAUCCGAACGAAGGAGAGACUCAUCCGAACGAAGGAGACACUCAUCCGAACCAAGGAGACACUCAUCCGAACGAAGGGGAAACUCAUCCGAACCAAGGAGACACUCAUCCGAACGAAGGGGAAACUCAUCCGAACCAAGGAGACACUCAUCCGAACGAAGGGGAAACUCAUCCGAACCAAGGAGAGACUCAUCCGAACGAAGGAGACACUCAUCCGAACCAAGGAGAGACUCAUCCGAACGAAGGAGACACUCAUCCGAACCAAGGAGAGACUCAUCCGAACGAAGGAGACACUCAUCCGAACCAAGGAGAGACUCAUCCGAACGAAACUCAUCCGAACGAAGGAGAGACUCAUCCGAACGAAGGAGACACUCAUCCGAACCAAGGAGAGACUCAUCCGAACGAAGGGGAAACUCAUCCGAACCAAGGAGACACUCAUCCGAACGAAGGGGAAACUCAUCCGAACCAAGGAGAGACUCAUCCGAACGAAGGAGACACUCAUCCGAACGAAGGGGAAACUCAUCCGAACCAAGGAGAGACUCAUCCGAACGAAGGAGACACUCAUCCGAACCAAGGAGAGACUCAUCCGAACGAAGGGGAAACUCAUCCGAACGAAGGAGAGACUCAUCCGAACGAAGGAGAGACUCAUCCGAACGAAGGAGACACUCAUCCGAACGAAGGGGAAACUCAUCCGAACGAAGGAGAGACUCAUCCGAACGAAGGGGAAACUCAUCCGAACGAAGGAGAGACUCAUCCGAACGAAGGAGACACUCAUCCGAACGAAGGAGACACUCAUCCGAACGAAGGGGAAACUCAUCCGAACCAAGGAGAGACUCAUCCGAACGAAGGAGACACUCAUCCGAACCAAGGAGAGACUCAUCCGAACGAAGGAGACACUCAUCCGAACCAAGGAGAGACUCAUCCGAACGAAGGAGACACUCAUCCGAACCAAGGAGAGACUCAUCCGAACGAAGGAGACACUCAUCCGAACCAAGGAGAGACUCAUCCGAACGAAGGAGACACUCAUCCGAACGAAGGGGAAACUCAUCCGAACCAAGGAGAGACUCAUCCGAACGAAGGAGACACUCAUCCGAACCAAGGAGAGACUCAUCCGAACGAAGGAGACACUCAUCCGAACCAAGGAGAGACUCAUCCGAACGAAGGAGACACUCAUCCGAACCAAGGAGAGACUCAUCCGAACGAAGGGGAAACUCAUCCGAACGAAGGAGAGACUCAUCCGAACGAAGGAGACACUCAUCCGAACCAAGGAGAGACUCAUCCGAACGAAGGAGAGACUCAUCCGAACGAAGGAGACACUCAUCCGAACGAAGGGGAAACUCAUCCGAACCAAGGAGAGACUCAUCCGAACGAAGGAGACACUCAUCCGAACCAAGGAGAGACUCAUCCGAACGAAGGAGAGACUCAUCCGAACGAAGGAGACACUCAUCCGAACGAAGGGGAAACUCAUCCGAACCAAGGAGAGACUCAUCCGAACGAAGGAGACACUCAUCCGAACCAAGGAGAGACUCAUCCGAACGAAGGAGAGACUCAUCCGAACGAAGGGGAAACUCAUCCGAACCAAGGAGAGACUCAUCCGAACGAAGGAGACACUCAUCCGAACGAAGGAGAGACUCAUCCGAACGAAGGAGACACUCAUCCGAACGAAGGGGAAACUCAUCCGAACCAAGGAGAGACUCAUCCGAACGAAGGAGAAACUCAUCCGAACGAAGGAGAGACUCAUCCGAACGAAGGAGACACUCAUCCGAACGAAGGGGAAACUCAUCCGAACCAAGGAGAGACUCAUCCGAACGAAGGAGACACUCAUCCGAACCAAGGAGAGACUCAUCCGAACGAAGGAGACACUCAUCCGAACCAAGGAGAGACUCAUCCGAACGAAGGAGAGACUCAUCCGAACGAAGGAGACACUCAUCCGAACGAAGGGGAAACUCAUCCGAACCAAGGAGAGACUCAUCCGAACGAAGGAGAAACUCAUCCGAACGAAGGAGAGACUCAUCCGAACGAAGGAGACACUCAUCCGAACGAAGGGAAACUCAUCCGAACCAAGGAGAGACUCAUCCGAACGAAGGAGACACUCAUCCGAACCAAGGAGAGACUCAUCCGAACGAAGGAGACACUCAUCCGAACCAAGGAGAGACUCAUCCGAACGAAGGAGACACUCAUCCGAACCAAGGAGAGACUCAUCCGAACGAAGGAGACACUCAUCCGAACGAAGGGGAAACUCAUCCGAACCAAGGAGAGACUCAUCCGAACGAAGGAGACACUCAUCCGAACGAAGGAGACACUCAUCCGAACGAAGGGGAAACUCAUCCGAACGAAGGAGAGACUCAUCCGAACGAAGGAGACACUCAUCCGAACCAAGGAGAGACUCAUCCGAACGAAGGAGACACUCAUCCGAACCAAGGAGAGACUCAUCCGAACGAAGGGGAAACUCAUCCGAACGAAGGAGAGACUCAUCCGAACGAAGGAGAGACUCAUCCGAACGAAGGAGACACUCAUCCGAACCAAGGAGACACACAUCCGAACGAAGGAAAGACUCAUCCGGACUAUGGACUCGAUUUGUUAUGGGGCAGAGAAAGGGAGUUCCGGGCCACAUGGAGAGGAUUAACAGUCGCGGUGAUGGAAAGAAGUAUACU